CUUGGAGAGUUCUGAGGCGCCGCUACAGCGGCUCGGUCCGGGUCCUGAGAGUGCGGUUACCCCAGCGGGUCCCUGGGCCAGGCCCUGCAAGGCCUCAGGAGCUGCAGCCUGGGCUGGAGUCGGGGCGGGCUACCGCACAGCGGGAGAAAGGCCUCUUGUAGACCUCCUGGAACGCCGAGGGUGGAGUGGCCUAGAGUGGCUUUGCCGAGGACCAGGACCUUGGGAGAAUCACGGUUGCCAUUGACUACCCGCCAAAGCUGAGUUCUCAUAGGGUUAGUUUCAAGAUGGACUCAACUCUAACAGCAAGUGAAAUACGGCAGCGAUUUAUAGAUUUCUUCAAGAGACAUGAGCACACCUACGUUCACUCAUCUGCCACCAUCCCAUUGGAUGAUCCCACUUUGCUCUUUGCCAAUGCAGGCAUGAAUCAGUUCAAACCCAUCUUUCUGAACACUAUUGACCCAUCUCACCCUAUGGCAAAGCUGAGCAGAGCUGCCAAUACCCAGAAAUGCAUCCGGGCUGGGGGCAAACACAAUGAUCUGGACGAUGUGGGCAAAGAUGUCUAUCAUCACACCUUCUUUGAGAUGUUGGGCUCCUGGUCUUUUGGAGAUUAUUUUAAGGAAUUGGCAUGUAAGAUGGCUCUGGAGCUUCUUACCCAAGAGUUUGGCAUUCCAGUUGAAAGACUUUACGUUACUUACUUCGGUGGGGAUGAAGCUGCCGGUUUAGAACCAGACCUGGAGUGCAAACAGAUCUGGCAAAACUUAGGUCUGGAUGAUUCCAAAAUCCUGCCCGGCAACAUGAAAGAUAACUUCUGGGAGAUGGGUGACACAGGCCCCUGUGGUCCCUGCAGUGAGAUCCACUAUGACCGGAUUGGUGGUCGGGAUGCUGCACACCUCGUCAACCAGGAUGACCCCAAUGUGCUGGAGAUUUGGAACCUAGUGUUCAUCCAGUAUAACAGGGAAACCGAUGGCAUUUUGAAACCUCUUCCCAAGAAAAGCAUUGACACAGGAAUGGGCCUGGAGCGACUGGUGUCUGUGCUGCAAAAUAAGAUGUCCAACUAUGAUACUGAUCUUUUUGUUCCUUACUUUGAGGCCAUUCAGAAGGGCACAGGUGCCCGGCCAUACACUGGGAAGGUUGGUGCUGAUGAUGCCGAUGGGAUUGAUAUGGCCUAUCGGGUGCUGGCUGACCAUGCCCGGACCAUCACCGUGGCACUGGCUGAUGGUGGCCGACCUGACAACACAGGGCGAGGGUAUGUGUUGAGACGGAUUCUCCGCCGGGCUGUUCGAUAUUCCCACGAGAAACUCAACGCCAGCAGGGGUUUCUUUGCCACAUUAGUAGAUGUUGUUGUCCAGUCAUUGGGAGAUGCAUUUCCUGAGCUAAAGAAGGACCCAGAUAUGGUGAAGGACAUCAUUAAUGAAGAGGAAGUGCAAUUUCUCAAGACUCUUAGCAGAGGGCGUCGUAUCUUGGACAGGAAAAUUCAGAGCCUGGGAGACUGUAAAACCAUUCCUGGGGAUACUGCUUGGCUCCUCUAUGACACGUAUGGCUUUCCAGUGGAUCUCACUGGACUGAUUGCUGAAGAGAAGGGCCUGGUGGUAGAUAUGGAUGGAUUUGAAGAGGAGAGGAAACUGGCCCAGCUAAAAUCACAGGGCAAGGGAGCUGGUGGGGAAGACCUCAUUAUGCUGGACAUUUAUGCUAUUGAAGAGCUCAGGGAGAAGGGUCUGGAAGCAACAGACGAUUCCCCGAAGUAUAAUUACCAUUCGGAUUCCAGUGGGAGCUAUGCAUUUGAGAGCGCAGUGGCUACAGUGAUGGCUCUGCGCAGGGACAAGAUGUUCGUGGAAGAAGUGUCCACAGGCCAGGAGUGUGGAGUGGUGCUGGACAAGACCUGUUUCUAUGCUGAGCAAGGAGGGCAGAUCUAUGACGAAGGCUACCUGGUGAAGGUUGAAGACAGCAGCGAAGACAAAACGGAGUUUACAGUGAAAAAUACUCAGGUGCGAGGAGGGUAUGUGCUGCACAUAGGGACCAUCUACGGCAGCCUGAGAGUAGGGGACCAGGUCUGGCUAUUUAUUGACGAGCCCCGACGGAGGCCCAUCAUGAGCAACCACACAGCUACUCACAUCCUGAACUUCGCCCUGCGCUCUGUGCUCGGGGAAGCUGACCAGAGAGGCUCCCUUGUUGCUCCUGACCGCCUUCGGUUUGACUUCACUGCCAAAGGAGCCAUGUCCACCCAGCAGAUCAAGAAGGCUGAAGAGAUUGCUAAUGGGAUGAUUGAGGCAGCCAAGCCCGUCUACACCCAAGAUUGUCCCCUGGCAGCAGCUAAAGCCAUCCAGGGCCUGCGGGCUGUGUUUGAUGAAACCUAUCCUGACCCUGUGCGAGUCGUCUCCAUUGGGGUCCCAGUGUCCGAGCUGUUGGAUGACCCCUCUGGUCCUGCUGGCUCACUCACUUCUGUUGAGUUCUGUGGGGGAACGCACCUGCAGAAUUCAGGUCACGCGGGAGCUUUUGUGAUUGUGAGUGAAGAAGCUAUUGCCAAGGGCAUCCGGAGGAUUGUUGCCGUCACAGGUGCUGAAGCCCAGAAGGCCCUCAGGAAAGCAGAAAGCUUGAAGAAAUCUCUCUCUGUUAUGGAGGCCAAAGUGAAGGCCCAGACUGCGCCAAAUAAGGAUGUGCAGAGGGAGAUCGCUGACCUUGGUGAGGCCCUGGCCACUGCAGUCAUCCCCCAGUGGCAGAAGGACGAAUUCCGGGAGAGCCUCAAAUCCCUGAAGAAGAUCAUGGAUGACCUGGACCGGGCUAGCAAAGCCGAUGUCCAGAAGCGAGUGUUGGAGAAGACAAAGCAGCUCAUUGACAGCAACCCCAACCAACCCCUCGUCAUCCUGGAGAUGGAGAGCGGCGCCUCGGCCAAGGCCCUGAAUGAAGCCUUGAAGCUCUUCAAGACGCAUUCCCCUCAGACAUCUGCCAUGCUCUUCACGGUGGAUAAUGAAGCCGGCAAGAUCACGUGCUUGUGUCAAGUCCCCCAGAAUGCAGCCAACCGGGGCCUGAAAGCCAGCGAGUGGGUGCAGCAGGUGUCAGGCCUGAUGGAUGGCAAGGGUGGUGGCAAAGAUGUGUCUGCUCAGGCCACAGGCAAGAAUGUGGGCUGCCUGCAGGAGGCACUGCAACUGGCCACUUCCUUUGCCCAGCUCCGCCUGGGAGAUGUGAAGAACUGACGGGCAGGGGCAGCCUCCCCUGGGAAGCAUCCUCUCCUCACCCGAUGCAUCCGUCCAGCCAGCUCUCCAUCUGCCACGAGGACAUUUGAAUCUGCCCUCCUAACCCAGCAAUAACUGGAACUCACCUGGGAGCUGGCCUGUGACUCAAUGGCCACAUCACAUUUCUGCCCUGAGCCCUACACACCAGCGCCGUCUGUCUAAAACCAUUACCCCAGGAUUGCUAUUUAUCAUUGUCAUGCUCGUGUCUGUAGACAAGGUUCUUUGCCGGCCUGAGGUUUUGGGUCUACAGGGAGGAAUCAUUUUUGCUGCAGAGAAUAAAAGGACCAUGUGCAAUAGUGGAUGAUGCCAUGUGAUCUCUUAACCCCCACCCCUAGAGGGGGCCCCCUGUGUAACAGCCUUUGGCUCCCUGGGUAUCUGUAGAAUAAAUGCUGUGCCUCCACCUGU